AUGGCUCUAGAUGCUUGGAAGCAGUCAGACUUCCUUUGCCGGAACUAUGUUCUGAAUAGCUUGGCAGAUUCACUUUUCAACGUGUUUUAUGCCAAGGAUUUGGCAAAGGAGUUGUGGGAUGCUUUGGACAAAAAGUACAAGACUGAAGAUGCUGGGGCAAAGAAACUUGUUAUUGGACGGUUUCUAGACUUCAAAAUGGCAGACUCAAAAACCGUCAUUAGUCAAGUGCAAGAGUUCCAAGUAAUUCUACACAAGAUUCAUGUAGAGGGAAUGUUCCUGAGCAAAUCAUUCCAGGCGGUUGACUGUCGCAAGAAGAAGAAACCUGACAAGAAGUAUCCUCCACAAAACAAAAGCCGGGCUCACAUGGUUGAGAUAGAGGAUCUAUCACAAGAUGUGGACGACAUGUAUCUGGCAGCUGUCGUUUCUGAAGUGAACAUAAUAGGGUCUAACCUGAAGGAAUGGUGGAUGGACACUAGGGCCACUUGCCAUAUUUGUGCUGAGAAGAAGAUGUUCACAACCUUUGAAUCGAUUUCAAAAGGUGUGAAGUUUUUCAUGAAGAAUUCUGCCACCUCAACUGUUGAGGGAAAGGGCAAGGUGGUCCUGAUGAUGACUUAA